GCGCUCAGACGGACCGGCCAAGUCGGACGGCUCAAGCGGACGUGCGCGUGCGCGCGUGCCGCGUGGUUGGGCGCGGCGCCGUUGCUCCGCCCCCUCUAGGCUCCUCCCCCUCCGCGCGCCGGCGUCCGCUGCGUCUCCGGCAUUUGAAUCGCGCUUCCGCCAUCUUUCCAGCUUCAGUCGGACAGGCGCGGAGACUCUUCUGGAAGGAUCACCGCGAUGGCCGCCCAGGGAGAGCCGCAGGUCCAGUUCAAGCUCGUCCUGGUGGGCGACGGCGGCACUGGGAAGACGACGUUCGUGAAGCGCCACUUGACGGGCGAGUUUGAGAAGAAGUAUGUAGCCACCCUGGGCGUGGAGGUGCACCCGCUCGUCUUCCAUACCAACAGAGGACCCAUCAAGUUCAACGUGUGGGACACAGCCGGCCAGGAGAAGUUCGGGGGCCUGCGCGAUGGCUACUACAUCCAAGCCCAGUGUGCCAUUAUAAUGUUUGACGUAACAUCAAGAGUUACAUACAAGAACGUACCUAACUGGCAUAGAGAUCUGGUACGUGUGUGUGAAAACAUCCCCAUUGUAUUGUGUGGCAACAAAGUGGAUAUUAAAGACAGGAAAGUGAAGGCAAAAUCUAUUGUCUUCCACCGAAAGAAGAAUCUUCAGUACUAUGACAUUUCUGCCAAAAGUAACUACAAUUUUGAAAAGCCUUUCCUCUGGCUUGCCAGAAAGCUCAUUGGAGAUCCUAACUUGGAGUUUGUUGCCAUGCCUGCUCUUGCCCCACCUGAGGUGGUCAUGGACCCAGCUUUGGCAGCACAGUACGAGCAUGAUUUAGAGGUUGCUCAGACGACUGCCCUCCCGGAUGAGGAUGAUGACCUGUGAGAGAGUGAAGCUGGAGCCCUGCGUCAGAAGUCUAGUUUUAUAGGCAACUGUCCUGUGAUGUCAGCGGUGCAGCGCGUGUGCCACCUUAUUAGCUAAGCAGAUCGUGUACUUCAUUGGGAUGCUGAAGGAGAUGAAUGGGCUUCGGAGUGAAUGUGGCAGUUAAACAUACCUUCAUUUUUUGGACUUGCAUAUAUUAGCUGUUUGGAACAGAGUUGUUUCCUUUCUGAAUUUCAAAGAUAAGACUGCUGCAGUCGCAUCACAAUAUCCAGUGGUGAAAUCUUGUUUGUUCCUGUCAUUCCCAUUCUUUUCCUUUAGAAUCAGAAUAAAGUUGUAUUUCAAAUAAUCUAAACAAGUGAAUCAUCCCUUGUUUGUAAGCAUAUUAAAGCUACUAACAUGAGGGAGCUUGUGCCAUAUUAUAGUUUAAAAUGCUUUUGCUUAUUAUCUGAGGUCUGUUGAGUUAUGUUCUUGUGCCUACCUUCAUAAACAUUUGGAUUGUCCUGUGAUUCAGCUAGGAUAAUAUUAUAUCUACCCUACCUGCGUUUAGUCAGGUAGUUUAACCUGAGAGAAGACCUUGUGUAAAACUAAAGAUUUAAGUAUGUCCGAAUUAGUUGUUAAGGGUUGCAGCUGCUGACGUUUCUGUAACAGUCCUUCAGAAGGUAGAACUGCGUUUGCUGGAGCAUGAGGGUUUUCUGGGACCAUCGUGAGUACUCCAGUUCAUUUCCAAUGUCUAAUGUUGAUUCUCUAAGAUGUCCUCUGCUUUCAAAUGCUGCCUCCUGCGUUGAGUGGUAGUCUCAGAAGCCAGAGACAGGAGAAUCUGAGUUCAAGGCCAACCUAGUCUACAAGAGCAAGUUCCAGGACUGAGACUGUCUCAAAAAAAUUCUUGGUAGGCUGUUACAAUGUUAUAGCAGCUGUUUUUUUCUCCCAGAAGGUUUAUGUAGGUUGUGCAGGAAAGGAAGUGAUAGUACCACCACUGAAGAGUAGGGUGAGCUUUUCAGAUGUGAAAGUAUUGGUUGAGACUUUAUCUUAGGUGUGAUCCUGGCAGAACUGUGCUGUGUUGAGAUAGAUUUACAGUAAGCUGUUGAGUGUGCUCUGCUGGUCCAGUCUACCAAAGUUCUUAGAAAUGGGGAUGCCUUGACGAGGUUGGGUAUUUGGGGGGGGGGGGGGGGUUGUUUUUUUGUUUUUCUCCAAAGAAAACUUCAACACAAUGGGGGAGGCAAAAGGAAUGUGUACUAUGCACUAGCUUCAGCAGACUGAUUUCAAGACUCAACUUUGUUGUAUAUGCUAUGAUCAGGUGAAGACCCUCCCCUGGCUGGGAUGAAACCUCAUUUAGAUGUCUUGAAUUAAUACAAUGUGUGUAAACCUGGUGUAGAAUGUAGAGCCUUACGACUUUCUGAUUUUUGUAACAGUUAAAUGUGGGAGCUGCUUACCUGUGUUUAACCAGAGUGCAGAGAUUUACAUUAUUUAUUGGAAGAACCUAAAUAUAUAUCAUUUCUGCUUUGCCUCA